AUGUUUCCCCCUCAAAGUCUUAAUAUCGACCUGGAGGCCUUGAGUGGGAUCUGUGGCUCUAUCUCGAUUGCUUGCUGGGUCGUCGUCUUCUCGCCGCAGAUCAUUGAGAACUUCCGCCGCGGCUCUGCCGAUGGCCUUUCCCUCCUUUUUCUUGUAGUCUGGCUGGCAGGAGAUGUUUUCAACAUACUUGGUGCUUUCCUGCAGGGUGUCCUGCCAACGAUGAUCAUCCUGGCGGUCUAUUACACCCUCGCCGACAUCGUGCUGCUUGGCCAGUGCUUUUACUACCGUGGUUUCACUCUCAGCGAUGAUGUGUCUUCCUCUUCCGGGGCAGACGAGCCUGACGAAAUAGAGACUCCCUCACCGGUCAUUUCAAGAAAACCAAACGAGCAAACAUCUCUUCUCUCCACACACGCUACCCACCAAACCUACAACGCCAGCGCAAGUGCAUCGAACUCAAGGACGCCCAAUGCCAAUGGCGUGGUUUCAGCGCCACUACUGUCGCAAAGCCAUCGCAGACACUCAGCCUCUUCGUUCCUCCACCCAACUGUCGAUGGGACGCAUCUCUCUCCUGCAACCCCAUUCGUUGAACCGUCAAAACCGUCGCGCAAAGCAAGAACGAUCUCGACCCUCCAGUCUGUCCUCUUAAAUUUAUCUGCCGUUGCCCUCGUCUGCGUUGCAGGAAUACUAGGCUGGUAUGUCAGCCGCUCUGCGCCGGCCAAACACGAGAAGCAUAAAACCCACCACAAUGACACCCUCUCCUUUGAUACACUCGGCCAGGUCUUCGGAUAUCUGUGUGCGGUUUUGUAUCUCGGAUCGCGGCUCCCUCAAAUUCUUCUCAACUACAAGCGCAAAUCCACGGACGGUGUAUCCUUCCUCUUCUUCCUCUUCGCCUGUAUCGGGAAUCUCACGUAUGUACUGUCGAUUCUAGCCUACUCACCUGUAUGUGAGUGGGCCCGCCACUGCAAGGACGAUGAGCUUGGAAAGCUAUAUGGCCGGUAUAUACUUGUGAAUUUGUCCUGGCUGAUUGGGAGCUUCGGCACGCUGUUUUUGGAUAUGGUCAUCUUUCUUCAAUUCUUUUUGUAUCAGGAUAGCGAUGCGCGAUCGACGAUGGUUGUUUCUUGA